AUUAAGGUGGCCAUAUUUGAUAGAUUUGUCUCCCGUACUGCAUUGCAGAAAGCCAGAGCCAAAGGCAUGUCCUCUUUAAUGAGGCAGUUGUAUCAAGUCUAGCUUACUGACUUAUCGAGGGGGAACAACUGAAAAGAAACAAUGUAACAUGCUACACCCCCUUGAUUGUAACAAUGUGAAUGUUUUUGAGGAGGGAGGGGAGUGAGAAGAAAGAGAGGGAGAGAGAGAGAGUUAGAGUCAGAGAGGGAGAGCAGGAGGAGGGGGGGCGUUCUGAAAUAAUAUAGUCAGCCAUUUUUUAUGUAAGGGGAUUUUUCUUAUUGGGGAGGUUGUUAAAAAAUAAAUAUAAGGGCGGCCAUCUUUGUUUCUCUGCCUUGUAGUGUAAAAUAUUCCAAAACGCCCCCCACUUUUUUCUUGGUCGAUUUGAAUAUUAAAUAAAUAUCAUAAUUCGGGAGGAAUACACUUUCUGAAUUCGAGGACGGAGCCGAUGACAGGAAUAUAAUGUCCUCUCCUCUCCGGUCCUGUGAAGAGGACGAGGGCAUGGUGGUUAAUUCCGAGGGAGGAGAUUUUGAUGAAGAAGAAGAGGACGACGGAGAUCCAGACGAGAACGCAAGCGACAUAAACUCGCCGGCGGCGCUUCGGGAAACUGCAACACUACCCGCGCCAGAGGAAGAGGGGGAGGCUUCAGAACAGGACACGUUUAGCAGGAAGAAAGGACGUCCAAAAAAGAAGAAGGAGACCAAGAAAAAAGAAAAGGGAAAGGAAGGGAAAACAGCAAAAGCAAAGAAACGAAAAAAGAUCGACAGUGAUGUAGAGAGAGACUCCGAGGGGGAGUAUGGUGAAAACUCAGACAGCGCAGCCAGCAACUAUGGAUCUGGCGAGAAGAAGAAGAAGAAGAAACACAAAGAAAAGAAGGAAAAGAAAACCAAGAAGAAGAAGAAAGAUGAUGGCGACAGGGACAGCAGCCAUGAAGAAACCACAAAGCCAAUAGAGCAGAAGACCUCAGGCCAGCUGGCACAGGAGUGGGGCCUGGAGGAUGUCGAGCAUACAUUCACAGAGGACGACUAUCACACACUCACCAACUACAAGGCCUUCAGCCAGUUCAUGAGGCCCAUGAUAGCCAAGAAGAACCCUAAGAUCCCUAUGUCCAAGAUGAUGACCAUCUUGGGCGCCAAGUGGAGAGAGUUCAGCACCAACAACCCCUUUAAGGGCAACGCGGCCGCUGUGGCCGCCGCCGCCGCCGCUGCUGCCAUCGCCGUCGCCGAGCAGGUCUCCGCGGCAGCCGCCUCCCCCGAGCCUCCGCCUCAACCGCCCCCGUUACGGAAGGCCAAGACCAAAGAGGGCAAAGGCCCUGGCUAUAAGAAGCGCAGUAAGAGUCCUCGUGUUGCAGAUAAGAAGAAGGCCGCUGCUGUUAAGGCCAAAAAGAUGGCGCCCAUCCGUAUCAAACUGGGAGCCAUAGGCGCCAAGAGGAAGAAGAGCUGCUCAGUGAGUAUCAAUAUGAGUGAGGACGUUGAUGAGGAGGAGUCAGAGCAGGAGGACUCCAGUGUCCACAGCUCAUCAGUGCGCUCAGAUAGUUCCGGACGCCCCAAGAAGAACAAGAGAGGACGGCCGGCCAAGAAAAAGAAGAAAAUGAUGGGCGACGAGGAGGUGGACGGCUAUGAGACGGACCACCAGGACUACUGUGAGGUGUGUCAGCAGGGCGGGGAGAUCAUCCUGUGUGACACCUGCCCCAGGGCCUACCACCUGGUGUGUCUGGAACCCGAGCUGGAGAAGGCUCCGGAGGGCAAGUGGAGCUGUCCACACUGUGAGAAAGAAGGGAUCCAGUGGGAAGCAAAGGACGAGGAGUUUGAAGAUUUCGAGGAGGAGAUGGAGGACGGGGCAGCGGGACAGGCGGGGGCCGGGGGGGUGCCGGUGGGGGUGGAGGAGGAGGAGGAGGAGGACGACGACCACAUGGAGUUCUGCCGGGUGUGCAAGGACGGAGGGGAGCUGUUAUGCUGCGACACCUGCACCUCCUCCUACCACAUCCACUGUCUCAACCCACCUCUGCCAGAGAUCCCCAACGGAGAGUGGCUGUGCCCACGAUGCACUUGUCCCCACAUCAAAGGACGGGUUCAGAAGAUCCUUCACUGGCGAUGGGGCGAGCCGCCACCCCCCAUACCUGUGCCCCCGCCCCCCGACGCCCUGCCCGAUGCCCCUCCUCCGCCUCCUAUGAAGGGCAGGGCAGAGAGGGAGUUUUUCGUCAAGCUGGCGGGGCAGUCCUACUGGCACUGCACGUGGAUCACUGAGCUACAGUUGGAGAUAUUCCACUCGGUGAUGUUCCGCAACUACCAGAGGAAGACAGACAUGGACGAGCCCCCUCCGCUAGACUACGGGUCCGGGGACGAGGAGGGCGGGGGGAAGAGCGAGAAGCGACGGCUGAAAGACCCCCAGUAUGCCGCCCUGGAAGAGAGGUUCUACCGAUACUACAUAAAGCCUGAAUGGAUGAUGAUCCACCGCAUCAUCAACCACAGUCUGGAUAAAAAGGGGGUGUACCACUACCUGGUCAAGUGGAGAGAUCUGACCUAUGACCAGUGCACAUGGGAGAGAGAUGACCUGGAGAUCCCCGAGUUUGCCAUCCACAAGGCCAACUACUGGAGACACAGGAAUGAGGUGAUGAAGGAGGACCCAGACAAGCCCAGGAGGAUGAGGAACGUGAGGAUGGAGGAGAGCGAAGAGGCUCCUGGCUCACCCGUCAACGACCCGACGAUCAAGUACGAGGAGCAGCCGGAGUUUGUGUCGGUGACGGGGGGCACGCUGCACCUGUACCAGCUGGAGGGGCUCAACUGGCUGAGGUUCUCCUGGGCUCAGGGCACCGACACCAUCCUGGCCGACGAGAUGGGCCUGGGCAAGACCAUCCAGACCAUCGUCUUCCUCUACUCCCUCUUUAAAGAGGGCCACACUAAGGGUCCAUUCCUGGUCAGCGCUCCCCUCUCCACCAUCAUCAACUGGGAGCGAGAGUUUGAGAUGUGGGCUCCGGACUUCUACGUGCUCACCUACACCGGGGACAAAGACAGCAGGGCGGUCAUCCGCGAGAACGAGUUCUCCUUCGACGACAUGGCCGUCAAGGGAGGGAAGAAGGCUUUCAAGCUGAGGAGAGACGCCCCUAUCAAGUUCCAUGUUCUGCUGACGUCCUAUGAGCUGGUUACUAUAGACCAGACGUCUCUCAAGUCUAUAGACUGGGCCUGCCUGGUUGUGGACGAGGCCCACCGCCUCAAGAACAACCAGUCCAAGUUCUUCAGGCGUCUGAACGACUACAAGAUUGACCACAAGCUGCUGCUGACAGGAACCCCCCUGCAGAACAACCUGGAGGAACUGUUCCACCUGCUCAACUUCCUCACUCCCAACCGCUUCAACAACCUGGAGGGCUUCCUGGAGGAGUUUGCGGACAUCUCCAAGGAGGACCAGAUCAAGAAGCUCCACGACCUGCUGGGGCCUCACAUGCUGCGGAGGCUGAAGGCGGACGUGUUCAAGAACAUGCCGGCCAAGACGGAGCUGAUUGUGCGCGUGGAGCUCAGCCCCAUGCAGAAGAAAUACUACAAGUUGAUUCUGACGAGGAACUUUGAGGCUCUCAACUCUAAAGGGGGAGGGAACCAAGUGUCUCUUCUCAACAUCAUGAUGGACCUCAAGAAGUGCUGCAACCACCCCUACCUCUUCCCUGUGGCCUCCAUGGAAGCGCCUAAGACGGCGAGCGGGGCGUACGAGGGAGGGGGCCUCACAAAGGCUUCUGGGAAACUGAUGCUGCUGCAAAAUAUGCUGAGGAAGUUGAAGGACCAGGGCCAUCGUGUCCUCGUCUUCUCUCAGAUGACCAAGAUGUUGGACCUGCUGGAGGACUUCCUGGACUUUGAAGGUUAUAAGUAUGAGAGGAUAGACGGAAGCGUCACAGGGGCACUCAGACAGGAAGCCAUAGACAGGUUCAACGCCCCUGGAGCGUGUCAGUUCUGCUUCCUGCUCUCCACCAGGGCCGGUGGUCUGGGCAUCAACCUGGCCACAGCCGACACCGUCAUCAUUUUCGACUCCGACUGGAACCCCCACAAUGACAUCCAGGCGUUCAGUCGAGCCCACCGCAUCGGCCAGGCCAACAAGGUGAUGAUCUACCGCUUUGUGACGCGCGCCAGCGUGGAGGAGAGGAUCACCCAGGUGGCCAAGAGGAAGAUGAUGCUGACCCACCUGGUGGUGAGGCCAGGCCUGGGCUCCAAGGCCGGCUCCAUGACCAAGCAGGAGCUGGAUGACAUCCUCAAGUUUGGCACUGAGGAGCUCUUCAAAGACGAGAUCGAAAGUUCUGGAGGCAGUUCGUUGAAACGUGGAAAGAAAGGAGCUUCCACAACCUUCAUGGGAGACAGCAGGGACGACGAGGGCAGCGUGAUCCACUACGACAGCGGCGCCAUCGAGCGGCUACUAGACCGCAGCCAGGACGCCACCGACGACACGGACAUGCAGAACAUGAACGAGUACCUGAGCUCCUUUAAGGUGGCCCAGUACAUGGUGCGGGAGGAGGACAAGAUCGAGGAGAUCGAGCGGGAGAUCAUCAAGCAGGAGGAGAACGUGGACCCGGACUACUGGGAGAAGCUGCUGAGGCACCAUUACGAGCAGCAGCAGGAAGACCUGGCCAGCAAGCUGGGCAAGGGCAAGAGGAACCGCAAGCCUGUCAACUACAACGACGCCGCCCAGGAGGACCAAGAGUGGCAUGCUGAUAUUUCAGAUAACCAGUCCGAGUAUUCAGUGGGCUCCGAGGAGGAGGACGAAGACUUCGACGAGAGGCCAGAAGGUCGUAGGCAGUCUCGUCGUCAGAUGAGGAACGAAAGGGACAAGCCACUGCCCCCUCUACUGGCCAGAGUGGGAGGCAACCUCGAGGUGUUGGGCUUCAACACGCGCCAGCGGAAAGCCUUCCUGAAUGCAGUGAUGCGUUGGGGCAUGCCCGCUCAGGACGCCUUCUCCUGCCAGUGGCUGGUACGAGACCUGAGGGGCAAGAGUGAGAAGGAGUUCAAGGCGUACGUUUCUCUGUUCAUGCGUCACCUGUGCGAGCCGGUGGCCGACGGGUCCGAGACGUUCGCCGACGGCGUGCCUCGGGAGGGCCUGUGUCGCCAGCCUGUCCUCACCCGUAUAGGGGUCAUGUCCCUGGUCAAGAAGAAGAUCCAGGAGUUUGAGCACAUCAACGGCCGCUGGAGCCUUCCAGAGCUGAAGCCCGAGGUGGUCGUGGACUCCAAGUCUUCCAGGGCCUCUUCCCCCGCCAUAAAGACCGCCACCCCCACCCCCGAACCCAGCUGCAACAACACCCCCUGCACCUCCAAACCAGCCACCCCGUCACCUGUGGAGAAGCCAGAGAAGAAUGGAAAGGAGGUAGAGAAAGAGGAUAUCCCACCUGAGAGUGAAAAAGAGGAGGGAGGGAAGGAGGAGAGCAGGAAGAGCACAGACUCUGGGGAGCCGCCUCGUGCCGGGACUGAAGUGUCCCCACAGGGCUCUCCUGGUAAAUCCAAUGACAAUGUAGAGGGCGACUCGAAAGAAGAGGAGAGGAACAAAAUGGCCGACGCCCCAUCCACCCCUGUCCCGACGGAGGGAAAAACCGCCGAGGAGGAAAUCAAGGUGGAGAAGAGCGCUGAAGACACACCCCAACAGGGGCCUGAGGUCAAAGACGACAAGCCAGCAGAUGGAGAGAAGGAGGAGGAGGAGAAGGAGAAAGAGAAGGAGAAAGAGAAGAAGAGCGAGGAGGCUGCCGCCCCAACGGAAACGACGGGGAGCAAGGAGAAAGUGGAAAACCAGCCUUCCGAUGUGAAGAAGGAGGAAGUAAAAGGUGAAAAGGAUCCCGGGAAAGAAGUGAAAGGGCCAAAGGAGGAGGUCGCCAGAGGGAACGGUAAACUACCCACGGAGCGUCCUCGCUUCAUGUUCAACAUCGCUGACGGGGGCUUUACAGAGCUCCACACGCUGUGGCAGAACGAGGAGAGGGCGGCCAUCUCUUCGGGGAAGAUGAACGACAUCUGGCACCGGCGACACGACUUCUGGCUGCUGGCGGGAAUCGUUCUUCACGGGUACGCGCGAUGGCAGGACAUCCAGAACGACCCCCAGUUCGCCAUUGUCAACGAGCCGUUCAAGUCGCAGGCCAACAAGGGGAACUUUCUAGAAAUGAAGAACAAGUUCCUUGCCCGGCGCUUCAAGUUGUUGGAGCAGGCCCUGGUGAUCGAGGAGCAGCUCCGCAGGGCAGCCUACCUCAACAUGACCCAGGACCCCUCCCACCCGGCCAUGGCCCUCAACGCUCGCUUCGCCGAGGUCGAAUGUCUGGCUGAAUCCCACCAACACCUGAGCAAGGAGUCCCUGGCUGGGAACAAGCCUGCAAACGCGGUUCUACACAAGGUGUUGAACCAGCUUGAGGAGUUACUGAGCGACAUGAAGGCCGACGUGACACGGCUUCCUGCCACGCUGUCGCGGGUCCCGCCCAUCGCCUCCCGCCUGCAGAUGUCCGAGAGGAGCAUCCUCAGUAGGCUAGCCAGCAAGGGCACGGAGACACACACCCCCCCGCACAUCCCUCCUGGACCUUACGCCACCCCUCAGAACUACGGUGCCACCUUCACCCCAGCCCCCCCGGGAGGCCUCCCCAUGGGUGGCGGCAAUUACAGCCAGAUGCCCCCUGGAUCCUUCAUAUCAGAAGCCGCCGGGGGGGCCUGUCUGAAGACCAAGGAACACGACGUCAUGCAGCGCCAGCGCGUGGUGGACCUCUGGAAGGACGGCAAGUCGGAGGGCUCCAUCGGGCAGGAGCUACGGAUGCCCAAGUCCACCGUGCACAGCAUCAUCGUCAAGUACCGGCUCAGCAACACCGUGGAAAAUCUGCCGCGCAACGGGCGCCCCAAGAAGCCCUGAUAGGAUGGAGGGAGGGAGAAACCUAUACUAAAGAAGGACAGAGGAUGGAGGGAGGGGCGGGGAGACUCCGACAAAGGAGGAGAGAGGGAAGGAACGAGCAGACGAUGCACUUUGAAGUCAAACGUGGACCGCGUUGGAAUGUAAGUGAGGGAGAGGCAGCGGAUGGAGAGAUGGGAUCCAACAGAGAAAGAGAUGGAUCAAGCACCUCGAAGGAGAACAUGAACUUGGGAAAGGGGGUGAGGGAGGGACAUGGACACGGACAAGGUAGACGCGGCACAAAAACGAAUGGAAAAUGGGAAAAUACAGGAAAACAAUAAGGAUGCUGGAUUGGAAAGAAGUGGGGAGAAAGGGAUCUCAAAGGAUGGAGGUGGAAUAAGAGACUAGAACCUCAUUCUCCGACAUCAAAUGGAACGGAUGGAUAGAGUGAUAGUCGGAGAGGUGAUCUGUCUGACCUCAACCUAUUUUGAUGUCUUUUUUUAUUUGUACUUUUAUGCACAGUGGAAGUGAGAGCAAGGGGCUCUCUAAGAGAGGCCCCCAGUCUGCUGGAGGAGAAAUGGUUGGAGAGGAGCGAAAAGGGAAUGAAAGACAAGCAAAAGCGAGAGUAUGUUAAUGUAAUCAAGGGAGAGGGGGGUUCAAGAAUGUACUGUAGGAAUGAAGAGAGAAAAAAUGCAAA